AUGUCGAGUUCAAAUAUUGAGGCCCUUAAGAAGGUCACUGCUCAAAGUGGUGCUGCUUCUUACCAUGGAUUGGUGGCCUUGAGGUCAUCGUCAAGAUCCCAUACUCUAUCGCAGUUCCAAAAAGACUCGCGACGGAGAGUGAAGUUGCACUGUGGGGUGGACUUUUUACGCUCAAAGGGGAUACCCGUUCCACGAGUUUAUGCCUUGGUCCUCCCACGUAGAAAACGAAGUGGGAACCUUCCCCAGAAUCUCCAGACGGAUCUCUACGCAGCUGGAGUCGAAGAUAAGGAUGGAAACGCUCGCCGAUUUUGCAUUGGCCCCACCGCUGAAUAUAUGUUUUGGCGUGGAAAGCGUGCACAACUUGAGUUAAAUAGGGGCCCUUGUGAGCCUCUUCUUUGUUCGGAUGCGAAUACUAUGCUCGAAGGAGAAGUCGCACCUGCGAUAUACGUGGAUUUGCUAGACAAGUAUCUUUCUAUUUGUCCAUACCUCUUGCCGGGGGACCAUGCGCAUUCCAUGAAUCAGCCCACGAUGCGCCAUCCAGGAUUAUGGAUCAUUGGGCCGGAGGAGAAAUCUCAAGCUGACGAGCUGUACCGACGGCAAAUGCUGUUCUACUUGUAUAUGAUUUUCAACGCAAAGGACAACAAACCUCAUUUUAACGCUCUGAGCUAUCCAAUGCUCAUGCUCACCCAACAUCUUCUGGAUAGGCCUGGCCGACCUUGGAGCGGUAACGUCGUUACCCUCAAAGGUGCCUUGCUCAGGGUGAUCAAUAGCUGGGAUACUCUCAUGUCGACUAGGCUACAGAAAGCUCCCUGCCCUGUCCGCUUUGACCCGGAUAAUGAGAAGGAUUUUUAUCAAUUCGAAGAGAACUGGUUCAAGUCUAAUCUCCUCGUGGAGCACUGGCGUUCGCUUUUGGACGACGUUGGCCAAGAUGGAUGGGUAAGAAAUGAGUCGUUUGAGAGAGUUGUGGAGGUCAAUAAACAGUUGAAGAAACAUUGGAUCGACAAGGGUGAGGAUGAAGAGGAUGUCCUGUGUGUUGAACAUUUCUGGCCAUUCCAGGACCACGAAGAGACCGAUUAG